GUCAGCGGCGGUAACCAUAACAACAGGUAGAGAACAUUUUCCGACAGAAAAUGGCGACUUACACAUGAGGACGUGCAGAGACAUUAUAGAAAGGCGAUGAGUAGAUCUGUGAUUCAAGAGAAGGUUGCUAAACUCUUAAGCAGACAGAAUGGAAAACCCGUACUGAGACCCAUCAAACCUCUGGCACUUAAGAAUGAAGUCGCCAGCCGCAGGCUGAAGAAAGGAGAGGCCACCUGUGUAACGGAAAUGUCAUUACUUCUGGCUUGCUGGAAACAGAAUGACUUCAACAACUCCGUCUGCUCUAAAGAAGUCUCAGUCUUCUACAGAUGUGUUGAAAAGGCGCAGAACAUGGCCAAAGGAAAGCAGGGAACUCAGGGUCGACUUUUGCCUAAAGAAGCCAACACCUUAUUAAAACGAUUUCCCAACCUCAGCAGUGAGAUCUAGGACCAGUAACGCAGAUUAGUCAAAGAAUGGACACUUUUAUUAUCUGAGCUCUAUUAGAUGGGUACUUUAGUCUGAGUGUAUGACUGGGCCGGGCAGUUGAUGAGAACGGGGUGUGGAAAGGUUUUAAAAAAAAAAAA